AUGUCUUUAUCUGAAAAAAGGAUAGUUAAUACCCCCACCCUUACCGAACGACGUAAGGCUAAGCGGCUGGAAAAAGAGGCACAAGCCGCUCCCACCUCCUUUCUGCAAGAUCUUCAAUCUAUGAGCCCCAACAUUACAUUGGAUAGCGUUGCAACACCUCGUCGUGAGGCCCACAGCAGUAUUCACCUCAUGACCAUCUUUCUAGACCUGGCUUAG